UGGAAGCCUGCCCCCUUGGCCGUUUGUGCGUCGCUGCUCAGUGAACGGGUUGCUUUUUUUUUGGGUACGGAGCUGAGAGGAGAUGCACACGGCCCUCGAGUGAGCUCAACAGUUUGUGUUUCUGAAGAACUGGAAAAGGCCCUAUCACAUCAGGAUUGGGGGCCAAGGCGGCGCAGUAUUACUACGUUGAAUUGAAGAAGGCGCCCUUGGAUAUGGGGUGUCAUAACGGGGAGACGAUGCGGGUCCACGCUCACACCAAGUUCUGCUUCCUAUGUGUGCUCACCUUCCUGUUCCACCAGUGCAGCCACUGCCACGGUGACAGUCAGCACCAUCACCACGGCCAUCACCAAGGCGACCAUAGCGGUGCUGGCGAACAUGAUGGUCACGAGCACGCCCACAGCGACCUGCAGAUCUCCCAGGCUACUUACGUGGGUGGAGGAGGGUCUGGCAGGGAAGUAGAUGCGCAGAACAAGGAGAGUCCCGGCGAGGUGCUAGAGCUGGAGCAGCGCUUCUACAUCCAGCAACUGUUCCGGCGCUACGGCCAGCGCGGCCAGCUGGACUUCCGUGGCUUCCAGAGCCUGCUGCUCAGCCUGGGUCUAGGGGAGGUGAAGGUGGUUGGCCUGGAGCACGAGGAGCUGGGCCAUGAUCACGUUGCCCACCUGGACCUGCUGGAGGUCCAGGAGGGGCUCCACUCACACUCGCCCACCCACGAAGAGCUAGGGCAUGACCAUGGGCACAGACACCAGCAUCCACGGGGGAGGCCCCACGCACACUACCACCCACACACAGAGCCAGGGCCAACUCACUCCACCUGCAACCAACUGGUGACCGGUGCCAGUCCCACUGUAGAUGAUGGUCCGCUGGAUGAUCAUGACCACAAACAUGACCACGGCCCGUUAAAAGACAAUGACCACACUCAUGAUCAUGAUCACAAUCAUGACCACGAACAAGACAAAGAGCACAAACACAAUGAGAGCCAACAACUCAACCAUGAAGUCCACAGCAACAAGACUCAGCCUCAUCACGACCAUGAUCAUGAACACUACCAUGAUCAUGACCAUGACCUCAAACCCCACACACAUCCCCAUCACUCACAAAACAGCACAGAAAACACAGACAGUCAUCCAGCACAUCAAGAGCAGCCACCCACAGCCCCGGCACAGCCCACACAGGCACUCCAGGAGCAGCAACCAGGGGCCGAGGCUUCAGAGGCCCCCAUUGCCAAGCCCUCUGCCCCACCUACCCUACCUCCAGAAUCCAAGCCGAAGAGGCCAAGGAAACCCAAAGGCCACCGGGCCCGAAACCAAGACCAUCAUGUCCAUAGUGAGGAACAUGACCACGACCACGUGCAUGGUCACAGUCUUAGUCCUGUGCCUAGGGGGAAGAGGGCGGCAGGUGAGCCCCACGUGAGCCCCACGUUACCGGUGCCAGCCAUGCCCAGGCAUCAAGAGGACGUGGCUCACCGGCAUGAGGAGUGUCUGAAUCUGACCAGGCUCCUCAACUACUAUGGCCUGAGUCCAGACUCACGCAUCUCGCCCAGCCAGUUCACCUACCUGUGCCCGGCACUGCUCUACCAGAUUGACAGCCGCGUCUGCAUCCGCCACUAUCACCAGGUGGAUGUGGGGCAGGCCGCCCUGGAGCCAGCCAACUCCGUGUGGGUCUGGAUGUGGGGCUUUGUCUCCAUCACCAUUAUCAGCCUGCUGUCCCUACUGGGUGUGAUACUGGUGCCCAUCCUCAACCAGGGCUGCUUCAAGUUCCUGCUCACCUUCCUGGUGGCCCUGGCUGUAGGCACGCUCAGCGGCGACGCCCUGCUCCACCUGCUGCCACAUGCUCAAGGGGAGCACGACCACAGCCACAGUGAGUCGGGAAACGACAGCAACACUAAAGAGGUGGACAUGCUCACUGCCUUCGACGGGGUCUGGAAGGGCCUGACAGCGCUGGCUGGAAUCUACCUCCUCUUCAUCAUUGAGCACUGCCUCGGCAUGUUCAAACACUACAAAGACGCAGGGGGCACCUUCUGUCGCAGGAAGAAGAGGGGCGAGGAGGCCAAGAUUGGCAGGAAGCUGUCAGAUCACAAGCUGAAUCGACGCUCGGACGCUGAGUGGCUUCAUCUUAAGCCACUCACAGAGGGUCCAGACAGCACGGCCAUCUCCUGCGACAACGGCCACAACGACACCCAGCUUACAGAGCUCCAGCCACCCGACUCGCCCAGCAACAAGACACCACUGGCCCCUGCAGACUCGCUCACCAAGGAGAAUGGCCGCCGGCCCAAGAAACACGGGCACAGCCACGGCGGGCAUUCUCACGGGGGUGGGCACGGACACUCGCACGGCGGGAACUGCCACUCGGACCAGGAGAUGAAAGACGCGGGCAUCGCCAGCAUCGCCUGGAUGGUCAUCAUGGGCGAUGGCAUGCACAACUUCAGCGACGGCCUGGCCAUAGGUGCUGCCUUCAGUGCAAAUAUUACCGGUGGCAUCAGUACGUCUGUCGCCGUGUUCUGCCACGAAUUGCCUCACGAACUGGGUGACUUUGCGGUGCUGCUGAAGGCUGGCAUGUCGGUGAAACAGGCCAUUGUGUAUAACCUACUCUCUGCCCUCAUGGCCUACGUGGGCAUGAUGAUCGGCACAGCCGUGGGCCAGUACACACACAACGUCACCAGCUGGAUCUUCGCCGUCACCGCUGGCAUGUUCCUCUAUGUGGCUCUGGUGGACAUGUUACCAGAGAUGCUCCACGGUGACAGCGAAGAACACAAGCGCUGUCAGCUGGGCCACUUUGUCCUACAGAACCUUGGCCUACUCACCGGUUUCUCCAUCAUGCUGCUCAUUGCCAUCUUCGAAGACCAGAUAGUUUUUGACUUUGGCUUCUAGCGGUGGAGGGCGGGGUUGGUUGGUACGAGGGAAGGUGGAUGUGGGGUUGUGUGUCGGUACUUGUGCUUCUUGGCCUUAAAAAAAGUGCUUUGUUUGUUCUGUGGUGGUCCAGUGUCCUGCAUGCAUGGUGAUCGAGCUCUCAUUCAUGCUCCCUGUGCCUCUCAAUUCCGUAGAUCAGAAGCUGUGGCUUAUACGUACCCCCCACCCGCCCAUUCUGUUCCCUUUCUCUAUCCCAUUGAGUUAUUCCUUUCAGCUCCUAGUUUCUAUCCCAUGCUCCUGCUGUUUCUUGUGAGCCAGAGUGGGGCGUAAUGCAGCUUAGAUGAUGUACUGAAGGAACACUUCAGUUACACUCACCAACAAACACCUAUUUAGUUGAUAUUGAUAUUGAUAAGGCCACCUUCCUUUAGCAGACUAGCUUAUGCAAGUAACACUUCGAUUACUCUCCCCAUUCCUCUGAAAAGCAGCCCUCUGCUCAUCCAUCAUAACCCUGUGCAGUGUGUCGUCUAUGUCGUCCCCCCUCCCUUUAUCCACUAUCAACACUGUGGCGUGUCCCAUUAUCCAUGCCUAGUGCACCUGUGGCGCCUUCCCAUUUCCCCCAUCCAUCGUAAACUUCUGAAAUCUCUCCCGCUGUGUAUCAACGUCUAUUGUCUCACGCUGUGGCUGUGCCAAGCCAAGUCCACUGUGGUGGCUUGCCCGACGAACACUGUAAUAGUGUAUCUAGGAGCUAGCUAGUCCAUAGACUCGCAAGUGUUAAAGGAAAGUGGUGCUAAAGCCCAAAUUUGUCCCCGGGCAUCGUAUUCCCUUCACAAACCUGAGUCAACAGGUCUGUAUUGAAGGUCUUCGCCCUGUUGCUCUGCAGUGAAAACUAUUGAGAACCACAGCUUAGCUAUGCAUUUUGUCAAAAAUGUGAACGCUACUACCCCAACCUUAAAAGAGAGAUUACGUGUCUAAUUAUAAUGGCUCAGUGUUCAUUUGCAGCAGACUCCAUAUUUCUGUUUUUAUGACGGAUUUUGAAGGUACCCAUAAUGCUACAUAGUGCUACGAAAGAAAGACUACUUUAGGUGCUCACUCGGAUGUAAGCCCCUAGUCAGUUGCCUUUCAUUAUGCGUGUUCAAGACCGAUGUUAAAGGUAGACUCAGCGGUGCACAAAGUAAACAGAAUAUCAGGUCAAUUUCCACUACAACUAAGAGUGUUAAAGCACGGGGCUAAACUUCUCUGCUGUUUUGGUCCUGUAGCUACCACGUUGUAGCAGUGUGAAGCGCACCCGAGCACAUGCACAGAUACUCUGUGUGACUGUGGAGAGCAGUCUUGCAUCGCGCUCAUAUCAAUAUCUGCGGUUCUCUAAAAUGAUGUGGGAGAAAAAAAUGUUUGAUUACCCAGAUGUAUAUUAAGAACCAAGAAAUAUUGCCCAACCACUGCAUUUGUAGGACUGAUAGUAGUACAGUCUGUAAACCAGAAUGAGACAUUUUACAAAAUGAAACUUGGCAGGCCCUAAGUCCUAUGUGAAUUAAGAUAGUAAUGUUUCUGCCUGCGUCGAGAAGAGAACAGUGUUGCUUUGAGUUCACUCCAUUAUUGAGGGCACUAGCUUGUUGUUGUAGCCAAAUACAUGACACGUGCAUUGUUGUGGUAUUUUCUUAUUUUUAAAUGGCCGUACUGUAAAUCUUGAUUACCCCCAUCGCAAUCAGGCAAAGUCAAAUUUCAACUAGAUUGAGAGUGAAUUAAGUAUAUAAACAAUGUGCUUAUUACAUAGAGGUUACACUAGUUACCUUACCAAAUGACCCAAGUUAAGACAGUUUUCAGCAUCAUAUAAGUACAGGAACAGGGCAAAUCUAAAGAGUCAAUGUUCUUGCGGCUUAAAUUAAGUUAUUGUUAAAAAACUCUGAGAUGUUUGGAUACUGUGUUUUGUAUCAUUCCUCCCAAAUCAGUUGAUAAGAAAAGUACUUGUAUCAAAUAAUACAUUUUCAUGUGUCAUUCUGAAAUUGUUCUCUGACAAUCCGGAAAAGACCAAGCAUGUCAAUGCCCUUUUUAUCACUGCUAAAAAUAUGCUUUAUGUCUCUAUAUAUUUGAAUAUGUUCAAAUUAGCACACUUUGCACUUGUGUAAUUGAUAUUCGACUUGUAAUCAAAUCGUAGAACUAUAAGGUUAUCAGAUGUUCCUUUUGAUGAUGUAGUUUUUUUUAACAAUCAUUAGUUGUAUAUUUUUUGUUAAAUGAGUGUAUGUGAUAAGACACCACGCCGACUGUGCCAAAAGUGGCCCAUUUGGGUUUUCUUUACCAUGAUUCUGUGCUUGCCGUCGCCUCCUGACAUUCCAUUGGCUGUCUGCUGCUCGAGUGCUAAGCUAGCCAGCCUGGCUGCUUCACCUGCUGGAUCACAUUGAAAUGUGCAACCUCCAUUUAUCCUGUCACCGUGUGACAUCCAUCGUCUUGUCUUAUUGGCUGUGAAUCAUCGUCAAUCACAUUAAACUAAUGUACUUGAUUGGAUCGAAUCAUGCAUGAGGCAUGAGUGAAAUGGAACAGGAAAAAUGUUUUGGAUGUAAUUGUUUCUGCUUUUGUAUAGAAAAAUGUAAAUGAAAAAGACUAGUCAAACGUUUUGUUAGUUUAUUUGUUAAAUAAACAGAUCAACUGUA